CAUCAAUUUUACAUUAUUCCUUUCGUUAUUUACACUUGUUACUCAUAUUACAAGAUUUUAGUUUUUCAUAUUUUGCAAAUCGCAGAUAAGGCUAGCUGGUUCAACUAUGAGUGGUUUUGUCACGAGUGUCCUUGAUCAGGCGUUUACCCAUCUGUGUAGCUGCUUUGGCGUUGAAGUCAAUUAUGUUUGGAACCUUGAGAAGAAUCUGGCGGCUCUAGAGGACACCAUGAAGGUACUCAGCGCAAGGCGAGCUGAUGUGUUGACAACGGUGCAGAGGCAAGAAAGCGAGGGUCUUCAAAGGCUUAACGAAGUUGAGGUGCAACAAGAAGUUUCACCAACUCCCCAUAAUCUCCUAUAAAUAACCACACAAGGAGAAGAAGAAAUCCAUCCCAAAAACAAAGAGAAAACAAGAGAAGAACAGAGUGAGCAAGUGAGAGAAAA